GGAGAGGCCGCGGAGCGCCCGGCUGCUCGCACGCUGGGUCCGAGCCGUCCGCGCCCCCGCGCCUCCUCCCCGUCCUCCGCAGCCCGCGGCCGGCGCCCGCUGACGGCUCUCGGCGGUGGGGGAGCGCUGCGGGGCGGCGGCGCUGAGCUUGGUGUCUUCUUCAGUUCUGUGCUUUGAAGGAGAGCAGUUGCUCUUGGUGAGCUGUUAUGUUCGGGGGAUUAAAAGAAGCCCUCCUAAGGUUUGUUCAUUCAUUCUUUAUUGUUCUGGCAGUUUCUGACAUCCUGUUGAUUAGAAUGGGUGGAACUUUCACUUUUUAAAGAAAAUGGGAACUGUUUCAUCCCUUUCUACAGCUAUUGCACCUUUAAGUCAGUAUAUUUAUGAUUGAAGUGGGUGGAAUUUUAGCUUGUUUGUGAGUGGGAUAAUAGUAGAGUGACCAGACAAACACUCUGUUUGUUAUAAAAAUAGAGACACUUACAUAAUGAUGCUAUAGAAAACAGCCAGCGUAUGGAUAAGAUCUUUGCUGUAGAGUAUUAAUCCAACAGCAUCUCCUGCAUGCGUGUCUGCUGUACCUUGCUUCAAAGGGGGAACGAGGGAAACCAUCCUUUUCUGCCUGGCCCUGUUGUGGAGCACUGCUUGUGCUUGGAGCUGCUUACAGGGAUGCUCCUCGAUGUGUGGUUUGUGCUCCAGGUGCUUCCAAGAGUGGAAUUGAGGGACUACUGCUAAAGAAAACUCAGGCCUGGGGAGCACGUCAGUAAGAGCAUCGGGAUCACAUCAGGGUCUUUCCUCUUGUUGUAAAGUGGCCUCUGGGUUUUUUUUUUUCUAUUUAACAGAAAGCAACAGACGUUAUCUUUUUCCAACAUUGAUGGGUAAAAAGCAUGUUCACUUGAAAUGCAUAUUUAAUAGGAAGAAUAUUGCAGGACCUAUAUAUACAUAGGUGGGCAUUUUCCCAGAAGGGUGUGUUGGGCAUUGAGGGCUGUAACUAUGUUGUUUCUAACCAAAAUUCUAGCCCUGCACUAUAAAUACCAUCGCCUCACCCUCUGACUCCAUGAAAUGAGAUGUAGCUGGAACCCGGUCAUACGUCAGGACAUGAAAGGACCUUGGUGAACUUGUGCUUUCAUAAUAAACAAGGGGAAGUUUAUCCAAGUUGCCCGAUAUAUGAGUUUGCCCGCAUAAAGACAGCUUUUCAUUCAGCACAGAGGAGGGACUUACCUGUUAGAUCUUUCUCCUUCCUAUUUUUAUCUCAUCUCUUUCCAAGUUUUUCUUAAUAAAAGCGUGACAGCUUUAAUGUAAUUGUGGAUUUGACAAACAGACCUCUGUGUUCUAGACUCACAGCUAAUUAGAUUAGUGGAGCCUGUGCAGUUUGGGAUACUGGGAUUCUCUCUUCUGUCCGUACCCAGCUUGCACCCUGCUGCUUAAUUUUGCCUGCAGGUCUGCUCGUCUCAGCUGUGUCUUCACGUGAAGGCAGCCAAUGCGCACUAAGCGUGCUGAUGAAAUGUGCAGGAGCUGAGGCUCUGCUGCCCUGCCUCCCUGGCAGCCACCCCCAGCAGCAGCAGGAUGCUCCGAGGCAGCAGUGGAUGGCGUUUGAAGCUGUGGCUGGGCUUCCGCUCGUGGGCAGGCACGUGCUGCUGAAGGACAGGGUCUGCUCUCUUCUUCCAGUGCUGUUAUGCUUGUUAGGUAUGCACGCAGGAGCUGUGGUCUGGUGGAUGCCUGGAGGCUCAGCUUUCUCUACUGAGCCUUUAUUUCUGCAGGAAUCUGAAAGAGCAGAACUGCAGCUGCUGAAUAAGCCAGACCCAAUCCAGGGGAGCAGAUCUGUCCACUUUCCCCUUCACCUACCUCAGAAGCGUGCAGAGGAGGAACUCGUAUGAGCAUUUCGGGGAUUUGUUAUGUUUGUGGGCAAAAGAAAAGGCAGCCAGUGUUUUCUGAUAUUGUCUCUGUUGUUUUUUCCACUCGGAGCUCUUAAGCAUCUAGUUUUUCCUAAUGAUGUAUGUUUUUUUAGUUGCCUGGUUGUCAAACGUGGGACCCUCUGUCACAUAAAGGUGGCUGGCCUGUGCUACUGCAGUGAAAAUCCAAACCUUCCAAAGAACGAGCCUGUGAGAUAAUUUCUGUUGGUUUUCCUCUCUCAAAAAUAAAAAGAAACCAUAUCCUUUCUACUUCAGUCGUGUUAGGUAAAAGGCUCUUGACAACUGUGCAAGAAGGUGGAUUAUUUUUCAAGCAAUGAGCGUGCGUCCCUAGUCAUGAUUUGUGGUUCAGUCCAGCUGGAGCUGUCUGAAUGAAGCUAUGGGCUGUGCGUCAGCCAAGCAUGUUUCUACUGUUCAAAACGAAGAGGAAACUCAGAAGGGGAAAAACUAUCAGAACGGCGAUGUGUUUGGUGAUGAGUAUAGGAUCAAACCAGUGGAAGAGGUCAAAUACAUGAAAAAUGGGGGAGAAGAUGAUCAGAAAAUAGCAGCCAGGAACCAAGAAAACUUGGAAAAAAGUGCCAGUUCAAAUGUAAGACUUAAAUCUAAUAAAGAGAUCCCGGGAUUAGUACACCAACCCAGAGCAAACAUGCACAUCUCUGAAAGCCAACAAGAAUUCUUCAGAAUGCUUGAUGAAAAAAUUGAAAAGGGUCGUGAUUAUUGUUCAGAAGAGGAGGAUGUCACAUAGUGCCAAUUCUGCCAGUCAAACCAGGAAUACUACUGUGUAAAUAGAUUACAGCCCAGUUGAGACCUUUUGGAAGUCUUCUAGAGCGAACAGCACUACAUAAAAGAAGAUCAUUUCCACAUUAUAUGCUCCAUUCAGUUACAGUGUUUCUUAAUGAACAGAUGAGGAAUAUUGCUAAGAACUCAUAAGGAACUAUUUUUGUUGCUGCUAGUUAAAACUUGUUGCAACUUUUCACUUUCUCUGUGUCCAGAUACGCAGCAAAUCCUUAAAGUUAAUCCGAAAGACGGUGUUGAUUUUAUUAAGGCCUCUGGCCUGUUUUCUAUCAGAUGAGGUAGUGUUACACAGCUUCCAUAAGUGAACAUUCAAGCAUCUGAGAAACACCCUUACGCUGUCUGUCAGUCCGCGUGCGGCCGGAGUGCUUAUUCAUGCUGGUGAUUUCAAGCUUUGGAGAUGGGAUGUUUUGCCAUGGCAGGCCUUGUUUCUCUGCUGAGAAGAAGCUGAGAAACUAUUAUCCAUUAAAAGCAUGUUAUCACUGAAAUGCUGGAAGUGAUGCAGAAACAGGAAUUUGUAUUUUAAGAGGAAAAGAGUUUCAUUUAAUAGGUAUCUUAAUCAAGGACUAAGCUUGCAGUAUUGGCUUUGCUGAGCACGAAUGGGAGUGUGAUCACAAUCAUUUUGAAUCUCUUUUUUUCUAAGAAAAUAAACAUUUUACUGUUUUUAUGUA